GAUCCAAUCAGAAUGUUGUUGGUCUUGGGCAACACAUGAAACAUGGAUCCUUAAGCCUAUAAUAAGAGAUCAAUAGAGAGAUGAUGACAUGAGAGAAAAAAAGGAGACAUACUUUAUGAAGGAAGAAAUCACAGAGUGGAGUGAAAAAGAGAGACAAGAAAAGAAAAUAACAUUUACAAAUUACCUCUAGUAGAUCAUGGCAUCAUCAAAAGAAGCAUUUAAAUCUGAUGGCAGCUUUUCAUCCAUAGCCGGGACAAGCAGUGAGGAUGUUCCAGUGGCAGGAGAGGGAUCUUCAGACUCAAGAUGCCCUAUCUGCUUGGAGAGAAUCCGAAAUGUGUCUUACUUAAAUCCCUGCUUCCAUGGGUUCUGUUUUGUUUGUAUACAGGAAUGGUCGGAAAGGAAAGCUGAGUGCCCACUCUGUAAGCAACAUUUCCAUUCAUUCUUCCACACUAUCAAGGCUGACAAUGAUUUUGAGGAAUAUAUUCUACCCGUGGAGAACAGAUCCUCUGCCAUGUUUGAGGUAAGGUCAGCUUCUGCUCAAAGGCCUGAAUCUCCACCAGACCAUGGGAUCCUGCAUGAUGGCUUUUCAGGUCCACCAUCUCGAGUGAGGGAGAGAGCAAUUGAUGAGCUGAUGAGACAGUUUGCAAUCAGAAGACCAUCUCACCCUGGGGGAAUAUCAUUGGGGCAAAUACGGGAGCAGGUUACAAUUAAGUUCAGGAGAGCUCUGUAUCGAUCUGGAGUGUGGGUGAGGAUUGUCCAAGCUGGAGGUUUCUACAGGGAUAUUUCAGCAGAUUUUUUCCACCGCAAUCCCUCCCGCCUCCUCAGAUUAGUUCCAUGGCUCAAGCGUGAAUUAAGAGUACUGUGUGGCACUCAUGUGUCUUUGGUCAAUGAUAUACAGCAUAUCAUCCUGCACAACAUGAUUCAUUAUGAUCUGGAAAGUCAGGCCUUUGCUGAUAUCCUACAACCUCACUUGCUGUAUUAUACUAAUCACUUCCUUCAUGAAUUCAUCAAUUUUGCCCGAUCUCCAUUCAACAUUAAGGCAUAUGACUGGCGAGCCAAUUAUGAUAUUCCUUUUCUUCUUCAUGAAGAGGGAUACCAGUUUUAUUCUUCAUUAACUACAUCUUCAGAGGAGGAAGAGGAUUCCCAAGAUGAUGAUGAUGGUGAAUCAAUAGCCAGUAACGAUGAGGAAUCUUGGGAUGAUGAAAUCCCAGGAUCAACUUGUUCCAGUUUAGAACAGGCUGCUGAUGACUUGGUUUCCACUCUUGGUUCCUCUGAUGGAGAAUUUGUCAGGAGAGAAAAUGUACAGAGGUUGUUUCAGAUGCAGACACACUUUGAUGAGGCUAAUAAUCGCUCUCCUUCAGACAACUGCAUCCUUUAUUCACUAGCUGAGAGGAUCGCCGACACUUUUGAUUCACUCUCCAAUACUGCAGAGACUAAGCAGGAUGGGGAAAAAGAGGAAGAGAAGAUGCAGCCUAUAAGGGACCCCGACUCUAGCAAUAGUCAUGGUGCUGGAUGUUUGAUUGUUUCCAGUGAUGGCCAGUUUGAUAAUCAAAGACAUGGUACACUGCCCCUACCCCAGCAGAUUCAGCCUGAAAGAGAAGUUGUCCAUAUCACUGAGCACGUUCAGUCAGAAGCAGAAGCAAUAGAUAACAACAAGCAGAUUGAGGCCAAAACCGAAGAGCCAGUUAUAUUUGAAUUGAUUCGGUCCAAAGCUGAAGAGACAGUUAAGAGUGUGCAGCUUCUGUCCCCAGGAGAAGAAAUUGUUAAUGGUGGGGAAUCACCCUCUUCCACAGACAAGUUGCCAAGCAGCUCCACUAAAAAAAGGGACAGUAGGUGCUUCCCAUGUAUCAGAAGAUCAUAAAUCACAGUGAUAAAGCUGUGAGGAAACUCAUCAUGUUCUUCUCUGGUUGAGCUGAUACUCACGAUAAUCAAACUGAUACAUUGUUAUAUUUGAAAAGCGUGUGUUUAAAAUAUUAUAAUGGGAAUCUAGUGAUAAGCUAGAGAAAACAUUCCUGAUGAUCACACCUUUCAUUUCAUAACUAAUAUGCAUUUGCCAUA